AUGGACCCUGAUACCUGGACACACACUCCAAAGACCGAGCACAUAGAGGCCGCCAGGAAGUCUUCCUCAAAAGUCCCUCCGACCCCUGCAGAUCCCGCGGAAGCCAAGCCUUACAACAAGAAAGACCCAAUGGCAGCGCUCCGUGUACCGGGAACAAAAUACGAGUCCAUCUCUCUGAAUGGUCGGCCUUACACAAAUGCCCUCCUCAAACAGUUAUCUUAUUGGAAUGUUGCAAAGCUAUUCACUUACUACAGCAUUGGCUACCGCACUGACGCUAUCUCCAUUCUAGGCGAGAAUGUCAUGAACAAGCGGGGCCUGGUCGGUCUGGCAGAGGACAGUCUGAAAUAUAGCAAGACUGAGAUCAAGUCUGUCUUUGAUGUCCUGGCGGAUUCGGCGAACUACCCGGUCUUGGUCCAUUGCACGCAGGGCAAGGACAGGACUGGUCUUACCAUUCUGCUGGUACUGCUCCUGCUUGGCCUCGAUCAGCACGCGAUUGAGAAAGACUAUCUCACGAGUAUCGAAGGCUUGGCAGCUGAUCGCGAGCAGAGAUUGCAGUCCGUACGCAGCAUUGGUCUCAGCGAGGAGUUUGCUGGAUGCCCGAAGGAUUGGGUAGAGAAAGUGUCGGGUUACAUUCAGGAUGAGGGAGGUGCAGAGGAGUACCUUCAAAGCUGUGGUGUUUCCAGCGAACAGCUCAACGCCAUCAGGAGCAUUCUGGUGGGUGCUCCACAACAGAUCAGCACCUGA